ACAUUAACUCUACUAAACAUUACUACUGGGAAAUGGCAUUUGAGUUCAUAUCUACUCAGCAGAAUACAAUUUCUAACUAAUGAUGAUGAUAUUCAGUGUUCACCUGCUGCUGCUGCUGCUGCUGCUGCCUCAACUAGUAUAUUCACAAGCUCAGGGAUGGGUAAACUCUACUGAUCAUCCACUGGCAUAUCCCAAUAGCAGCAAAAUGAACUGGACUCGCUGUGCUUCUCCAGGAUUUACUGUAUCUCUAAACCUCAUUCACCUGGACCUGGAGAACAGUACAAACUGUGAACAUGAUGCUCUCAUGAUAUUCAGUGGCAAUGAGCUGAUCAAGUCUUUGUGUGGCACCCUGUCCUUUAUGGAGAUGCAGUCUUCUAUUAAUCCUAAACUUCACUCUGCUCCUGGAGGUUGUUUAUCCAUUUAUUUUUAUUCAGAUGACUCAUUUCCACAGGUUCAUACUGGAUUUAAUGCCUUUCACCAAAUACAAGACAUUGAUGAAUGUGAAAGCCAGAGUAAUCCAUGCAGCCACCUCUGCAGCAACUUCAUUGGAGGAUUUCGCUGCAGAUGUCCACAUGGAUAUCUUCUUAACCACAACAACCACACCUGUGAUGUAAUGAAAUGUGGGCAACCAAAACGCUUGGUGAACGGACAUGUGAAAUUUGUUAAAGGCUCUAAAAAUGAAUACCUGUCCAUCAUUCAGUACCACUGCAAUGAACCAUUUUACAUUUCCAAGGAAAAACAGAAUGGAAACUAUACAUGUAGUGCUAGCCAAAAAUGGAGGUCAACUGGCAACAAUAUCCUUCCUUCGUGUCAUUAUGUAUGUGGUCAACAAAGGUUUGGUUUUGGCAGAAUAUGGGGAGGAAAAGAGGCACCCUCUGGUUCAUUUCCCUGGCAGGUUCACCUUCUUAAUGAUAUAAAUAGGGGAGGAGGAUUUAUUAUUGGAGAAAAAUGGUUAAUGACUGCAGCGCACAAUAUGGUCAACUACGGUACUACAUUUCGUACACCAAAGGAAGAAAUUAAGGUAUAUGCUGGGCAUAAUAAUUUAGACCAACUGGGAAGUUUUAUCGCCCUUAAUAUUUCAUCCGUUUAUGUGCAUGCAAACUACACUACAGAUUAUGACAACGAUAUUGCCCUAAUUAAACUCACAUCACCCAUCACAUUCAAUAUGAAAAUCAGACCAGUUUGUCUACCACCAAAACAUGUUGAUCUGAGCAAUCGUGAAGGGUCGGUGUCUGGUUAUGGAGUAACUGAACGUUAUGAUGUUUCCAAAAAUUUAUUGUAUGUUGAUCUUCAUACUGUAACGCAAAUCCAAUGCAGAAGUUCCUUUAAUGAUUUAAGAAAAAAAUCUUCAGACAUUCCUCAUGUUACAGACAAUAUGUUUUGUGCUGGAGCUGUGGGGGGUGGAAAGGACUCAUGCACUGGUGACAGUGGGUCAGCAUUUGUUGUACAUGAAAAUGGUGUAUAUUGUGCAGCAGGUAUUGUUAGCUGGGGUCCGAAAUACUGUGGCAGAAAUGGCACAUAUGGAGUGUAUACCUAUGUACCACGUUAUCUUGACUGGAUAAACAAGAUUAUGACUCUUAUUUACUCAUUACUCAUUUAUCCAUUACUUAUUAGCUUGUUUUUAAAGACUGCAAUAAUGGACUUCAAUGUGAAACUAAUAUGGAUUUUUCUAAUCUUCAUGAACAUGCAAAAAUUACGUUUUGUAUUCACGUCAGUUAUGUAUGGUGAGGUACACUCUCCUAAUUACCCUGAACAUUAUUUGGCUCCUCUUGAUGAACACUGGGAUCUGGAGGUGCCUCCUGGAUAUCAUAUUCAACUCAAUUUCAACUAUCUCAAAAUCAAGCCAUCACAAGACUGCAGGAAUGAUUCUCUCACGAUAACAUAUAACAAGACAGAAAUGAAGUACUGUGGUGACGAGGAUUUAGAGAACCAACAUCAUCCAGGAAACCUUCCCAUCAAUAUACCUGACACUAAAUUAAAGCUCUCACUUCUUACAAAUGAAGUGAACCAUGGGCCUAUGCUACCUAUUGGCUUCUCUGCAUUUUACCAUGCUAAAGAUGUAAAUGAGUGUAAAAAAGAUGCUCCUUGCACUCAAAUCUGCAUCAACACCAUGGGUUCAUUCAUUUGUGCUUGUCAUUAUGGCUUCAAGUUGGAUGCUGAUCAACGCACAUGUCUUCGGGUACAGUGCGAGUCUCCAAAAAAUACAAACAGCAGAAUUAUACCAGUACGUCCCACAUACUACUACAGAGAUGUGAUCACUGCGCAGUGUGACAUAGGCUACAAAAUCAUUAUAAAAGGGGAAGAGUUCAGUAAUUACACAUUUGACUGCCAGAUUAAUGGCCAAUGGAGUUUACCUGUUCAGUGCCAAAUUGUACAUUGUAAAAGCCCACCACCCUUAUUAAAUGGAGAAGUGAAAUUAAUAUCUGGAGCUAACAAUCAAUAUCGAUCUGUUAUGAAGUGGCAAUGCAACAGGCCAUACAUUGUUCCUGACACAUACAAAGCAACCUACACCUGCAAUGCAGAUAAGAAAUGGAAAGAUGACCAAAACAAUGUCAUGCCUGUGUCUCCGAAAUGUGUCUUGGAGUGUGGGCACCCAGUGGUCGGCCUGGAACGUCAAAAGAGGGUAAUAGGUGGCCAUCGUGCUCCACAGGGAGCAUUUCCCUGGCAUGCCUAUAUAAACCACAAUCAUGGUGGAGGUGCUGUCAUAGCAAAGAAAUGGAUCUUGACUUCAGCAAGUGUUCUAAUGAUCAAAAACAAGAUUAUUGACCACAAGUUAAUGAAGAUAUAUGUUGCAGUCAGAAAUAUACAAAACUCUCAAUUCUUACCUUUAGAAAUCAAAUCUUUACACAUCCACCCCUUGUAUGAUAACGCAGAUGGUAAACACUAUGACAAUGAUGUUGCACUGAUUGAACUGGAGAAGCCCAUUUUGUACAAUGCUGAUGUUAUGCCAUUGUGUUUGCCUCCACAAGGAGCUGAAUUUACACCUGGUCUUACUGGGUGGGUUUCUGGAUUUGGUGAGACAGCCAAAAUGAAAUUAUCCAGGUAUCUCAGGUAUACAUCCCUUCCUCUUGUGGACAACCAGACAUGCCAAAAUUUCAUUGACAAUUUUAAGAUCCCAGUGGCAUUGACAGACAACAUGUUUUGUGCUGGUGUACCUGAAGGUGGAAAAGAUGCAUGUAAUGGAGAUGGUGGAGGGCCACUUGUUACAAAAAAGAAUGGUGUGUUCUGGGCGACAGGUAUUGUUAGUUGGGGCAGUGAAUGUGGCAAACCAGGCAAAUAUGGAGUGUACACUCUGGUGUCAAAAUAUAUAAACUGGAUAAAUAACACCAUGAGUGAAAACUAAAGGCAGUGUAUUUUUACAACUUUAAUGUUUAGAUUAGUCUCUGGAGAGCUCUGCCCUUUGACCAUUAGAUAAUUAAAUUUAACCAUGUGUGUCUUCCAUAAUCAAAUUAAAUUCAGCAGAGUUGUAAAUCUUUUUGCUUGCCAAGCUCAUAAACUAGAUACCAAUUAACUAAGUAACAAACUAUUGUAUGUACAUGACUAUCAACAUGUAGACAUAGGAUCAGAGCUCUAAUAAAAUGUCAAAGAUCAUGUUUGAAUUCUAAGAUCUGCAUAUGUCUCUGUAAACUAAUAAAUGUGUGAGUGAUGACCAGUGCACCAGUUUUGCAAUUUAAACAUCUUUAAACUGGAUUCUGUUUUAGUUUAUUAUUAAGAAAUAGUGAUAAAGUAAUGGGAUGUUACAUAAUGUACAUUUUAUUUAGUAAAAAAAAAUUAUAAGGCAACCAAAAAGAAUGUAUGGAUACAAAAUAAAUUAUCCUUGACUGGUGCUUUUUAUCUUAA